GGUUUUUAAAUUUCAGCGUGAAUCAGCACAGCAGAUACUAUGAUUCCACAAUGGCAAAGGCAAACCAAAGAGAUUCCGAGGAGGAUGAGGAAGAUUACAACGAGACUGCACCCUCUUAUUUAAGCAGUUUACUUUCAGGACCCACACUCCUGUGUGUCUGUGCUAAACUGCUGCUGGCUGAACAGGUUUUCUACGAAACUGGAGCUGCAUCCGAAGGGUUCACAACAUGUUGAACAUCCCGAGCCAGUCGUUCCCAGCACCCAGCUCCCAGCAGAGGGUCUCCCCGUCAGGACAGUCCGGGAGGAACAAGGUAACACUGGAACCACAAGGAACCCAGCCGUUAUACAACCAACAGAUCCGAGACUGCUAUGUAACCAGCAUCAAUGUCACUGUGGCCCUGAAGCCCGGCCAUAGUCUGAUGGACUGGGUCCGGUUUGCCAAAAGUGGAAAAGACCUGACAGGGCUCAGAGGGCGGCUUAUUGAAGUGACCCAAGAUGAGUUGCAGAAGCAUAACAAAAGGGAUGACUGUUGGACCUGCAUACGAGGCAUGGUUUACAAUGUGACCCCCUACAUGGACUACCACCCAGGUGGAGAAGAGGAGCUGAUGAAGGCAGCCGGAAUAGAUGGCACUGACUUCUUUGACCAGGUCCAUCGCUGGGUAAACUAUGAGUCCAUGUUAAAAGAGUGCCUCGUUGGACGAAUGGCUACUAAAGCUGCCACACCUGGUAAAGCCAUCAUCCCACCUCCAUCACUAACAGGCCUCGCUCCACCCGCUGCAGGGCCUCCUCCACCAAACAAGGACUCUCGGCCUCGGUAUGACUGGUUUCAAACUGAUGCGACUGUUCAUCUGGUUGUUUAUGCCAAAAGAAAGAUCCCCAGCUCAGGAUGUGUGACUGUGGACCUCAAAGCGGGAAUUCUUCGGAUGGAAGUUCUGCUUGGGAAACUAUCCUACAUGAUGCACUUAUGUCUUGCGGAUGAAGUUGAGGAAAACGUUUCUGUUCACACUGCUUCCUCCGUGGGGAAGAUCCAGCUCACCAUACACAAACAAACUAAAGGAAAAUGGACAAGUCUUGGUCAGCCGCUGGAAUUUCAUAACACAUUUCUAUGCAAAAAAGACAGAGGGCUCUUCUAUCGUGAUUGUACACUGGUGUCUAAAACGGAGGUGAAUCAUAACACCCAUGUUUUUAGACUGCAGUUUCCACGAGGGACUGUCAUGCAUGUGCCUGUUGGAAAACACGUCUACCUCAAAGCCCUCAUUGAAGGUACUGAGAUAGUGAGGCCAUACACUCCAGUGGAUCAGAAUCUGGUUGCAGUUUCCCCAUCGUCUUCACACAAGUCAGACCUCCACCUCAUGAUUAAAGUCUACCCUGACGGAGUUUUCAGCCCAUAUCUCAACAGCUUGCAGAUCGGUGAAAAUAUUUCCAUCAGUGGUCCAGAUGGUACUUUCAGUCUCCGCCCUCUUCGUGAUGUCACACACCUCUACCUGUUGGCAGCAGGGACAGGAUUCACGCCAAUGGCCCGUCUCAUCAGCCUGGCUCUAAGAGAAAUUGACACCAUCAGCAGAACAAAGUUGCUUUUUUUCAACAAACGGGAAGAGGACAUUCUGUGGCACUGCCGACUGGAUGAUCUGGCAGCUAAUGACGAACGGUUUCAGGUGGAGUACGUCCUGUCUGAGCCUCCUGGCAGCUGGACUGGCAGGAAGGGUCGGGUGGAUGAGACCAUGCUGAGAGAGUUCCUCAUCAGGCCAGAUGGUUCCAGAUGUUACGUUUGUGUGUGUGGUCCUUCUGCCUUCACUGAACAAACAACGGGACUGUUAAAGCAGCUUGGCUUCAGUGAAGAGGAAUGCCACGCCUUCCAGGGCUGACGAGCUCCACCACCCAUAGGAGAAGGUGUGACUGAGAUGGAAGAACAACAACUGUUUUCAUUUAACAAGUCAUGUUUGUGAGACAAUUCACAGAAAGCAUAUAUUUCUAUGCACCAAGGAAAUAAGGAUGCUGACUGCAUCUAGCACUCCACCACAGGCAGUGAGAGCUUCUAAAGGCAAUAAUUCAGCUAUGGUGCAGUGGGAACCUGGGAACCUGUCAGUGAUGGAGCACACUUAAAUGAAUGGGACUUUGUGAAGGUUACUGCAAUAAAAGUAUGAUUUACAGUAAGAAAAAUA